CUUUUCUAUCUAUAUUUAAAAGGAAAAGUAAAUAAAAAGUUAACAUUAAAAUAAUGAAUGAUUUUGAUGUGCCUGUUUUGCAACAUGCACCAUGGCCUACUCCAUCGCGAGCUAUUUAUGGAUUUGUUCUUUAUGUCUUAACAUACGUAAUUUUUGAAAGAAAAAGCAAUUUAAUUUUGCUAGAAUAUGUCAAACUCGUAGAAAAGAUAUUGUUGAAGAAUAUAAUGUUUAUUUGGCUCAGCUUCAAAACAACUCUGAGAAAGACACUGGGUGAUAACGUUUCCGUUUCUUUGUUGCACGCUUGUUGCUAUUGUUUAUGUCGGAUACAACGUUAAUUAUUGGAGUAAUCUUCCGAAAUUUGACGAUGAACUAGAAGAAAACAGUACAUAACCGAUGAAAAAAGUUGUAAAACGCAAUGUGAAAAGUUUUUAUGUAGUGUUUAUUUAUGCACUGUGUAUACAGUGUCUGUUUAA